CUCCAAGUAAACACCUCUCCCAGCGCAACCACCGCGAUUCAAUCCGCCAAUUAACACACUCGUGUAUCGCCUAAUCAACCCCUUUAUCAAUACACCAACAACAACCCGCAAGCUGGGAGGCUUGUCCGCCCAAACGCUUGUCGCAAUGCCGGCACUCGACGUCGACAAACCCGGUGUGUCUGCCGUGGACACUUUUGGCAAGCUCCUCUCCGAGCUGGUCGAUGAAGCCACAAUGGCCAACGAUGCCGACUUGCCCAACAUCUCAGCCCGGGCCGUCGCCGCCCUACCGCCGCUGGAGACGCCGCACGAUGAAGACAAGGAAGCCGACAAGACGCGGCAGUUUGCUAUUAUUGAAGGAGCGGCACGAGAUCUCUUUGACCGACUGAUAGCAUCAACCCCCAUCGAGGCCCCCGAGUUCGACCAAAUGUGGCACUUCCUCGACAUCCUCUCCGUCCUCUCUGACGAGGGCCAAUGCGACCCGGCCCUUGUCUUCUGGCUCAUAGAAGAGCUUCUCGACAGCCAAACAAUCACAGGGUGCCGUGUAAUCUUCGACUACCUCGAGUCGCGCCGCGAGCGCAUCACGGCAAAACACUUCAAACAAAAGAACCUUGUCAUCCUACGAAGCUGCAACGAGCUGCUGCGACGUCUCUCGCGCGCCGAAGAUACCACCUUUUGCGGCAGAGUGUUCAUCUUCAUGUUCCAGAGCUUCCCGCUGGGCGAUCGAAGCUCCGUCAACCUGAGAGGCGAAUACCACGUCGAAAACGUCACAUCCUACGAGCACGAACCCAAGCCAGAGCAGAUGGAGGUUGACACGAAUGACCAGACUGCUACUGCUGAUAAGCGCCCGGACCCAGACGUGCUGUAUCCCAUGUUCUGGUCGCUACAAGAAAGCUUCAGUCAACCGCUUAAGCUGUUUGACGAGGCACACUUCAUUCAGUACAAAACAAGCCUCGAGACCACCAUGAAGGCGUUUGAAGCGCUGCAGCAAGACGGUCCGCGAAACCUCAAGCGCAAAGCUGACGAUGGCGAAGCUCCUGAUACAUUUAACCCCAAGUAUCUUACUAGCCGCGACCUGUUUGAACUAGAGAUUAGCGAUCUCUCGUUCCGGCGGCACGUCCUCGUCCAAGCCCUCAUUGUCACCGAAUUCCUCCUCUCUCAAUCCGCCCAAGGCAAGCAAAAGCUAACGCCUGCCACCGGCCUCAACAAGGCCGUCACAUAUGCCCACGAGCUCAACGAAGACGACACAAAAUGGGCAACAGACAUGAAGAAGCGCAUAUCCGACUACCUCCGCAAAGGCUUUGACGGCCCCUACUUUUACCGCAUGGUAGAAACAGUGCUCGCCCGAGAUAAGAACUGGGUGUUCUGGAAGCUAGCCGCCUGCCCCAACAUCCAGCGCGAGUCCGUCACACCCGCAGACUUUCUGUCGGCACGAUCAUCGGCGGCUCGGUCCGCUACAUCCAAGCGUCUCCGUACGACGCCCAUGGGCGCUGUGUCCAUGGACUUUUUGAACUCUGACGACACGGACGCCGCGCUGGCCGCACUUAAAGAGCAAGACCGCUCAGCACUACCUGCUCUCGAGUCGUUUGAGCGCGGCAUUGCCGAUGACGACUUUGAAAUCGGCAUGCCUACCAACGAAAGCACAAAGGCCAAGGCCAUCGAGACCAAGUCCAGCAAAUCGUGGCGCGCUCUCCGCAUCGCCGCACGCUCUAAGCUCGCCGCUUUCGACAAGAUCGACGACCCCAAGAACAUCUCCAUCGUGUUCAAGGACGUUGUUGACGAUGAAGAAGAGGAAGACGAAGAGCCCGCCGCGGCUGCUGCAGACAUGCCCUUAUCUACGACACCUAUUGUGCUGGUCGCCCCGGAUGCCGUUGUUGCAGGGCUUCUCGAGAAGCGUCCCGGUGUGUUUGGCAAGGUAGUACGACACACGACACGCGACGCAACCGAGGGCGAGACAAACGGCAAGCAUUUCCAUUUCGUCACGAAGCAGGAAUUCAACACGCUGCGCGACGGUGACCGACUAGUCGAGUAUUCGGAUGACACGGGCACCAGCACCAAGGCGAUCGAAGCGGUCGUGGAGGCCGGCAAGGUGCCGUUGAUUGUGGCGGAUCUGGCAGCGGCCAAGUUUGCUAUCGACAUGGGCUUUGAGGCCCGGUAUGUGCUUGUGCAGCAGGCAGAUGAGGACGGUGAGGGCUUUGGGUUGGUGGUGAAGGGUGAUUCAGCGGUGGACGAGAUUGAUGCAUUUGUGUAUGGCGGCGAUGCGGUGAUGGAGGAUGUAGAGGAGAAGAAAGAGGAGGGUGCUGAAGAGAAGGAAGAUGAGGAGAGUAGUAGCAGCGAGAGCAGUAGUGAGGAGGAGGAGGAUGAAAAAGACGAGGAUGACAAGAAAGAACAGGACGAUGAAGAUGAGGAUAAGGACGACAACAACGAAGACGAAGAAGAGGAGGAGGAGGUUGAUGAUGAAGAACAGUAAGACGAAUAAACGGGGCUUGUAUUUUUACGGUAAAUUAAUUCAUGAAAUGUUAGCAGGAUGCGGUUUAUAUCUAGUUUACUAAACAACGGAACAUUAUCACAACCACACAAGUCAAAUCACUAUAAACGAAGUGCACAUGUAAAUAUGGAAAUUUGAAGGUCGACAUUGAUAAACUAGCUAACUACUUGACAAAACAAAGGGUAACCGUAUUCAGAGAAUGGCCAGUCCUUGCCAUUUACUCGUCAUCCUCCUCCUCAGAAGACUCCUCCUCAGAGUCGGCCUCCUUGAGCCAAGUGAUGAAGGGCUCAGCAGCGGCACGGAUCUUCUUGGCAACGUCACGCUCGACGUACUUGACAUUGGCCUUGGUGCUCCAGUGCAGGACAACCUCCUCGGUGAUCAAGUCGUGGUGGUAGUACAACUGAAGAAUCUUGACAAUGAGAGAGUAGGCGUCGGGCUUGGUCUGGGACAUAAUGAAGAGCAGACGCUCGGUGCCACCAAGAAGGGCCUUUUCAAACUUUUCACCGUUAAUCACCUGCUUGAGCAUGGCAGCGCGCUUGGGGAUCUGGGCGACAAUGUUCUCGUUGAAGAGCACCUGGAUCAGCACAGCAACAACCUUGUGCUUGCCCUCAAUACCCAGCUCCUUGGCCUUGAGGUACACAGCAAUGGAGUCGACAUUGUCAAUGCCGCCCUUGGCUUCGGCCUCGGCCUCGGCCCAGUCGGCAAGGUCGUCGUAGGUGGUGCGGCCACCGGCCUCCUCGUCAUCGUCAAGGCUCAGCUUCUGCUUGAACUCGUCCGGGAGUCUGGCCUGGCGAGCCUUGACGGCAUCCUCGCUCAUGUCAACAGCCCACUCAUCGUCACGGACGACAACCUCCUCAACAGCAGGGGCGGGGAUGGCAUCAUCAUCGCUGGCAGCGUGGCCGUUGCCGUUGGUGGGAGCGUCAUCCUCCUCGUCCUCGCUAGCAUCACCGGCAGUGACGUUACCGCUGGCCUUCUUGGCACGGCGAGCGGCCUUUCUGGCAGCCUUGUCGUUGCCCUUCUUGGCCUGGUGCUUGAUGAUGAAGCCACUGAGCUUCAGGCGCAAGUCGACAUCAGUGCGCUGACCGCAAGCCUUACAGUCGAGCAAGAUGCGGGGGUCGUUGAUGACAAAGUCAGUCUCGGGGUUAAGACACUUCUUGCAGAGGACAAACUUCUUGAUGAAGCCGUCGAGGAGGUCCUGGAGCUUGGCAGACUCGUGGGCACCGUUGAUGAUCCAACGAUCAUCCUUCGGGUCGGUGUUGGUCUGGGCACCAAGCUCAAAGGCAAAGUACUUGAUGACAUAGUUGGAGUCGCGAUCGAGGGUUCGGGCGACAGAGGGCAGGUUGACGACGACGGUCUUGAUACCGUUUCCUUUGCCUUCGACCUUGGUCUGGAGACGCUCCAUCUUGUAACGAUAAAAGGGAUCGGUGACAUCGCGGCGGACGUUGACGGUAGCCAUGAUUGCGGUUGGGGGGUUUGAUGUGUUAAAAAAAGACGUUUUGUUUUUUUGGGUUUGGUAUAUUGUCGAACUGUUAAAUUCGACUAGGACUGUGGAUAUUGGGACAAGAUUGGAGUCUGAAGUAAAGUAAUGCAGGCAUCAACUCUUUGAGACUUGGAAAAAUGCAAGAAAUAUCAACCGUGAGGACCGAUGUCGGGACUGGAGGGUUUCCGCGGUAUGUGGAAUAGCGCGAGGUUUAGGAGGUGUCUGGAGACGGAGAGCUGGUCGUGCUGAUACAUAAACAAGAAGUUUACGCAAGUGAGAAAUGUAUCGUGUGCUGCUUGAGGGAGUCGACAAGCUGUGGGAGAAGGGUGACUCGGUGCUAAAGAUUCGCUGUAGGUGCGGGGUGCGCGACGACGGGGUCG